AUGUCCUUGAAAAAGCGGUGGCAGCGGCACUCGGUCAUUGCCGGCGUGGAGGGCUGGCCAGCCGCGGCCGUUGCGGUCGCGGCCGCCGCGGGGGUAGAGGUAGAGCUCGGGGCUGCUGCGUGCUCGGCGCCGGCGCGGAUGGCGGGGCCGGCCGAUCAUAGCGCCGCGGCGGCGAGGAAGAGAAGAGUGGUCGUCGUCUUCAUUUUAGAGAAAGGAAUGUGGUCGAGUAACGAGAGACACGUUUAUAGUACUCCCAUUCACAACAGCCCUUGGGAUCGAGCGGUCAGCUCGCAAUCGCUCUGUAAAAUGUGGCAGUCCGACCCUUACGACCACAGAAGGGCUGUCUGGUCGACCGCCGUCGCCGCACUUGCUUCGUGGACGGCAUCCAAGAUCGGCACAGGCUCUUCUCAAAUCCCGUCUGAUAUAGUCUGUUGGUCCAUUCUCCCAUGUCUGCUUCGAUGGCGCCGCUCUGCGCCCAACCUCUUACCACUCGGCGGCCAUCCUCCACUGGUCGGCGACAGCACGCGCAACAUUGGUUUGAUCGCUUGCGUAUUCGCAGCGGGAAUUGCUGUUCAAUCCUUCAGCAGAGCCGAGAAUCGAGCAGUCGGUCUACUGCGGGUUCAUCCUAGGCUUUCCUUUUCUGCCAAACCGUCAGAUCCCUCCCGCAAUGGCCUCGCCAAUACUGCCUGGGGAAAUGCUAUCAUCUCCAUGGCUACAAUUUACAGCUUAUCUCCUGGUUCUGCUCUCGAGCUUUUGCUCUCAGCUGCAGCCUUAAUCGGCUCACUUGUUGCUUUCGGCUCCCUCCUGCCCCGCGAUGUGGCAAAAUCCAGGGCACUAUCGCCGCUUGAUUUGGAGCUCGAUAUCUCUUCAAUUGCGCCACGUGUACUUGUAGCUCUUUUUGUCGCGUUGGGGAUUCAAUCCGCCUUCCUUGGACUUGUACCAUGCAAAAUUUCUGCUGCUGUCUUGGAGGGUGCUGCAAAGGCCGUCUUCUGGUACUCUUCACUGCGUGCUAAUUUCAGCUUGUUUGCUCGUCGCAAUCCGUUUCGGGAAACAUUCGGAAGCAAAAACGUGCUUCAUCUGCUGGGGGCGCUUCUGACUGUGUUUCACUUGACACAGUAUGCACCUCGAGGAGGCCGCAGUACAUCAUUACUUUGGCUGCUAUUUGCAUUGCCUUUGGUACCGUUUACUGCCAAUGAGAUAGCCAUAUACAACGGGCAGUCCCUCAUCCCCAAGUACGGUCCGGCAAUGCCGCAUCCCGCUGGUCAACUUGUUGAACGUUCGAUCUCCGAGUUCAAUAGUAUGCUUAAACGGCAAUCAAGUUCUCUACUUGAAGCCGAAGCAGAAUAUCGACGCAGAUACGGUAUGGAGCCUCCGCCCGGCUUCAAGCACUGGUACGAGUUCGCCGCCGCACAUGACUCGCCACUCAUUGAUGAAUUUGACUCUAUUGUUCACUCUGUGUCUCCACUAUGGAAACGAAGUCCCGCGCAAAUUAAAAAGGCAAUGAGUGAGGUACUGAAGCAUGAAGAUGCUGAAAUCUGGCACUGCAAGAUUUCCGGCCGAGACCGGCAAGUAAGAUGCACUCAUCCUUAUCGAAGUUUUGACCGCCACACGUCGUUGCUGGUUCAAAACCUCCUUGCAAAUGUAGACAGAGAAAUUCCCGACGUGGAACUCCUCGUCAAUCAUCUUGAUGAGCCAAGAUCCUUAUUCUCCCCUGGCACUGUUGAGGACGACCCGCUAGCCUUGCGCUCCAUGUCGCAUGUUUCGACCUGGGACAAUAUCACCAGAUUCUGCCCGGUUGCCGCCGUGACCUCGAGCGAACCAAAACAUGGUAUACCAUUUGUGAAUAAUGUCACGAGCAUGAUGGAUCUCUGCCAGCAUCCAGAGUAUCGGGAGAUGCAUGGCUUGUUUCAGAGCCCAACGUCGUUUCGCCUGAUAGAAGGCUUUGCACCGAUUUUGUCGACGGGCUCGCCAUCUACAAUGCACGACAUUCUAUACCCGAGCGCCGCCUACAUCGAGUCCGAGUUCAAGUAUACUGGCUCUCAUGACAUUCCGUGGGAUCAAAAGAGCAACAAGCUCUAUUGGGCAGGGUCAACAUCUGGAGCGUUCUCCGCUGAGGGCCGAUGGAAUCAGUAUCACCGUCAAAGAUUCGUGGAAUUUGCACAGAACCAGAAAAGAACAGAGCAUUUCUACCUCAAAAAUGCCCAUGGCCAGCUGAAGCGGAGGGUAUCCCGAUAUUGGAACAGUCGACUCUAUGAUGUGGCUUUCACGCGCGUUUUCCAAUGUGAAAGCCAGGACUGUCGGGAGCAGCGGUCCUAUUUUGACAUGAAGUCAUGGGCGGACAAGGACGAAGCCAUGCGCUUCAAGCUUGCGUUUGACAUGGAUGGAAACGGUAUAAGCGGGCGCUACUACAAGCUAUUGGCAUCAAACUCGGCGCCACUCAAACAGACCCUGCUGCGGGAGUGGCAUGAUGACAGGCUAAAACCCUGGGUUCACUAUAUUCCUGUGAGCCAGGGCAUGGAAGAGCUACCGGAGCUGGUGCAAUAUCUCACGCAAACCGAAGAUGGGCGUGAGCAUGCAAGGAGAAUCGCCGAAAACGGCCAGAAAUGGUUCAUCCGGGCAUUUCGCGAGAUUGAUAUGAGUAUAUACUUCCACGAAUUGGAAAGCAUGUACGUCAUUUCCUCAGACGUCCUGAAAUGCAACGCAUUCUGUGCCGGCGACUACGCAGUCGACUACCCCGCGUUUGCUCAUCAGCAGACCAAGCACGUAAGAUGCUGCAUAUAG